AUGGCGGGAGGUGGCACGGGCAUCAGGAAAUACAUGGGUGCUCUCAAGGACACCACAACAGUUAGCAUAGCAAAAGUAAACAGCGAUUAUAAGGAGUUGGACAUUGCUAUUGUGAAGGCCACAAACCAUGUCGAGAAUCCAACAAAGGAGAAAUACAUAAGAGAAAUCUUUUACCAUCUUUCACCUGGAAGGCCUCGGGCGGAUGUAGCCUACUGCAUCCGCGCCCUUGGUAGACGUCUUUCAAAGACACGCAACUGGGCGGUUGCUCUGAAGAUAUUAAUUGUAAUACACCGUGCUCUUCGGGAAGUUGAUACUGCUUUCCGUGAAGAGCUUAUCAGUUAUGGAAGAUCUAGCUCCCAUAUGCUCUAUCUGUCCUACUUUAAGGACGAUUCCAGUGCAGAAGCCUGGGAUUACUCUGCUUGGGUGCGCAAUUAUGCUUUAUAUUUGGAGGAGAAGCUUGAAUCUUUCCGUGUACUGAACUAUGAUGUUGAAAAGGAUCCAUUGAAAAUUCAGGAUCUUGAUACAAGUGGAUUGCUCAAUCAGUUGCCAGCUUUACAGCAGCUUCUUUUUCGACUACUUGGUUGCCAGCCACAAGGGGCAUCAUCUUAUAACAUCAUAAUUCAGCAUGCACUUUCAAUGGUUGCUCUAGAGAGUGUUCGGAUCCAAACAGCCAUCAAUGAUGGGAUACUCAAUCUUGUUGACAAGUUCUUUGAGAUGCGGAGAGAUGACGCAAUAAGGGCACUUGACAUGUAUAAAAGAGCAAUUGAGCAGGCAGAACAACUUUCAGAAUUUUAUGAAGUGUGUAAAAGUAUACAUAUUGGGCGGGGUGAGAGAUUCCUAAAAAUCGAACAGCCUCCUGCAUCAUUCUUGGCAACUAUGGAGGAAUAUGUGAGCAAUGCUCCGCUUGCUUCAACAGUUCAGAGAAAUCAGGCUGUACUGGCCAUAGAGCACAACAAAAAAUCAGAAGUUGAAGAACCAUCAACGCUGCCUCCUCCCCCAACUCCAGCUCAAGAACCUGAGCCUGAGCCUGAGCCAGUUCAACAAGUCCCACCUGCAGCUGAACCAACAGAUUUACUGGGAAUCAAUGAAUCAACCCCUGACACAUCUGAAAUAGAUCAAAAGAAUGCAGUGGCCUUGGCCAUUGUUCCACAGGAUAAUGCGCCCAAAGCACCUGCUCCUACCAGUACUGAAAGUGUCGCCACUAGCUGGGAGCUGGCCCUAGUCACUGCACCCAGUUCAAAUGGGAAUGCUGUUACAUCAAGCAAAUUGGCCGGUGGACUGGACCUGCUUACACUUGACAGUCUAUACAAUGAGGCACACCUAAGAGCACAGCAGAAUGCAAGCUACAACCCUUGGGAGGCCAAUCCAGCAUCAGGUCCAGUGAUGCAGCAGCCGAUGUACGACCCGUUCUACGCUUCCAAUCCCAUGGCCGCAGCCCAUAGCGUUCAGAUAGCUGCCAUGGAGCAGCAGCAACAUGCCUUCAUGCUCCAGCAGCAACAGCAACAGCAACAACAGCAGCAGCAGCAGAUGAUGAUGAUGACGGCACAGCAGCAGCAACAAGCUUCUUCCAAUCCUUUCGCCAACCCAUAUAUGCACGCCGGCGCCCACCCUUACGGUGCAGGGGUGCAGCUCCAUGCGGGCAAUGCAUACACUGGAACUGGGAUGAUGUAG